UCUCUCGAGUCGCUGCUGAUAAGAUAAAAAGCAAAAAUUCGAUUGAGCACCCAACGCUCAACGUGGAAAAUCACAAAAAAGUCCCACACACCGUGAGAGAGAGCGACGAUUUUUAAGGCCCAUAAAAAAUAUUGUUUUCAUUAAACGUUCGCAGUAAUAAUGUAGAUUUGCUGUUUGCAGCAGUGUAGAUGACAACGUCGAUAAAACUGUUGCCUUAAAUCGUUUACCUAAUAACAAUAUUAUUAAAUUACCGCUGGUUAAAUAUGUUAACAGAAUACACGGGAAAUCUGUCGCAUCCCCUUGAAUUUGGCCAUGUACUGGAAAUUGUGGCCAAGACCAUCGAUGGUGCCGCCAGAUUCCACAUCAAUCUGUGUACGGCGAAAACAACUGUAGAUCCAGAUGCGGAUAUCGGUUUACGUUUCUCCUGCUACUUUCGCAAAGAUACGAUCGUCCGCAAUGCCCGACUGCACGGCAUUUGGGGUGAGGAGGAGACACAGGUCAUGACCAAUGUAACGCUGCCCAAUCCGAUUGUGAGCGGUGAGUUCUUCAUGGUGUACAUUUUGGCCAGCGAGGAUUGCUUUCACAUAUCGGUAAAUAGCCGGGCCUUUUGCACAUUCCGCUACCGUUUGCCAGUGAACAGCAUACGAGCCAUAGAGAUCCGGGAUCAGAUACAGGUGAUCAAACAGGUCGAUCAUCGCACUAUCUUUCCCAAUCCCUGGCCAGCCAUACAAGCCGCCGAUUAUUUUAAGGCCUUUAGCAACGAUCAGCCGAUAUUGUUCAGUCCAGGCCAUGUGAUUGUGAUAACAGCGCGUUGCUUUGGAAAUGAUCGUGGCCAGUUUAUACUGAAGUUCAUGGAUUCGGAUACGAAGCGCGAGGAAUUGCAUUUCAGUGUGCGUUUCCAUGAGCAGGCCGUUGUGCGCAACUCCAUGAACAAGAACUUUGAGUUUGGAAAUGAGGAGCGCCAUGGCAAGUUUCCAUUCAAAUUCAAUCAGCAAUUUAAAUUGGCAAUGGCGUUUACGGAACGCGAAGUGCUGACCGCUGUGGAUGGCUACAAUUUCUUUAGCUACACGUGGCGUACACCGGGCGCCAUGAUGAACCUGGUCGGUUUCAAGGUGACGACCAUAAAUGGCUUGGUCAUCCAAAUAAGUGGAGUCGAUCACAUGCAAACGGGCGAUCCAACGUGCGCCGCAUUUGAGAAGUAUUCGCGACACGAUUACGAGUGUGCCUAGCCAUAAGUAUGGAUUAUAAAUUGGUAUACCUGUACAAUAUAAGCCAUCUAUAUACCAUAUCUAUGCCACACAUAAAGUCUGAAAGUUUCUAAAAA